AUGUCGGAAGAAAAAGAUACAGCCUCUCGUUCUUCACUCGAUCGCUUCAAAGGAAAACAAGAUGGUCUCAUCACGCUUGCCAUUGCAACAUCAGUACUCCUCUUUACAAUGCUUAAUGACACAGGGAAAGAAAAAAACGAGCCUCAAUUCCGGUACCCAACCCUUGAUCCCACAACUGACGGGAUUCGACUACUCAUAUUGCGACCAGGAGAGAGAGGCUCUAUGAUUGAAUGUGACCUGAAAUCACUCACAUUUGAAGAUAAUCCGACAUAUGACGCACUUUCUUACGAAUGGGGUGACGACACUCAGCACGAACCAGUAUGGCUUAAUGGCUCGAAGGUUCUUGUGAGAGAGCAUCUGUGGUAUGCGUUGCAUUCUUUGCGUGACAGAAACGUUCGCAAGGCAUUGUGGGUUGACUUCCUAUGCAUCGAUCAAACAAACCCAUUGGAGAAAAAUAGACAGAUACCUCUGAUGGGAUUCAUAUACCGACGUGCCCGGCAAGUGGUAAUAUGGUUAGGCUUACAUAAUCAGCCGGUCGACAAAGAGCAUGAACAAAAACUUGGGUAUGCUAAGAGUGUCGAUACGCGAGCCAAACAGCUUGCGGAGAUAAAGCUGGAAUACUUUGUCCACGGCUUGAUUCAUGAAGGGUACUGGAACCGAGCGUGGAUCAUCCAAGAAGUCGGCAUGGCCUCAACAAUCAUGGUGUACUUCGGAACAGAAUCAAUGGAAUGGAAUGACUUUGUCAAACUGCUGAACUGGUACAGAGAAAAAAACUCAAACGAUGCUGCAACUCAGACAGUUAUUAAACUGGACGCCAUGCGACGAUCGAAAUUCACACAGAAAGGGAAUUUCUCACUCCAGAAUCUCGUCGAUGGAUUUCGAGACGCAUUUUGUACCCUACAGCACGACAAAGUGUAUGCAUUCAUUGGUCUAGCCAAUGAUACGGUUGAGGAGGAAAUUCCAAUCAAUUACCAAAAGUCCAUCCCAGAAGUGUAUCACGAUAUCAUGAGGCAUCAUUUCCAUUCACUUCAAUUGGAGUCGCAGCAGACAUCCUCAAUUGAUGCAGUCUAUUUUGCAGCGUUAGUUCGUCGUUUGCUCACUAGAGAGAAGACUCAACUGCCAAGAAUAAUCAAAACCUUUCAGGAGGCAAUCACCAAAGACUUAACAAAAAAAGAUACCUCUACAGACUAUUCACAUUCACAAAAGGAAAGUACCAAGGAAAUUGCUAAAGAUCGACCUGAAGCCAAUGGCAAUGAUGUUGGGAUUUUCUCUAAGACAUCCGCCGGGCUCGGUAUUCUUCCUUCUCUAUUCGGUACCGGGAUGAACAUCAAUACCAAAAAAACGGGAAGCAAGAAAGAAGAUAAAGAUUCCAAGUAUUCAUAUUGGAGAUCCGAAAAUCUUAUCCCACUUGGCGUCGCUGGCGUAGCUGGAGCAGCCAUGAUAGCCUGGCUUCUGAAGAAGUAUCUAGAAGACGACCAGAAACCAAAAGAAAACCUAACGUGGUACUGGAAAGAGUCAUCCCUAGAAGACCUCUCAGCAUGGAUAAAAACGUCAAAUAUCGAGAACGAAUCACCAGAAUUUCUUCUCCGAGGCGCAAUAGUCAGCAGGUUAGAACAUCUUGGACCAUCAAUCUCUGAUCUUGCGACAUCCCACCAAGCCGAGAAAUGCUGGAAAGUCGAAUUAGGAUGCUACCUCCGCAAAUCCAAUGUCGAAAAUUUAUCAAUAGUGAGAGGCCUUAACGAAAAGCUUCUAUCGAUGAUUGGAAAAACAACCCAGUUCUGCAACCGGAAUAUUGUUUCGUUCAGCUCUCAUCAGACCAUCACGAACCUUACCCCACAUAUCGUGGCAAACCAUGAUGAGGAUGUGUCACAUGUAUCGCCUGUGCUAUUCAUAGGCUCAAAUCAGACACUUGGUGUUACGCCAGCGAAUGUUCGUGAAGGAGAUUUUAUUUGUCAGUUCUGGAAUUCUAGUGCUUGUGCUGUUCUUCGAGAAACUGGCUCUAGUGAUCCUCACCCGAAGUUUGAAAUCAUAGGAAGAGCUGCUAUGGUUGGGAAAGAAGAGGGAUCAGAGUGGGAGGUCCCUGGCGAUAAAUUGCAAUUCACCGAGGAAAGUUCUCUUAAGUCGGAUCUUGUGGAUCUGCGUGUUAGUACAAGUACUUUGACUUGGUUAUCAUUGGAUACAGUUUUCCUACCAGGUACUAUCGAGUAA